AUGAGAUUUAUUUCAUUAUUAAUUGUAUUCUUUUUAUUAAAAUCAGCUAUUGUUUUAGCUGAUUAUCAAUAUGCCAUUUGCAAUAUUGUUCCAGUCGAUAAAACAGCUAAAACAAUCAGUGGUUCUAUCCAAAUUUAUAAAGAAUCUGAAUCCACUUCUUUGACUUUCGAUUAUGAUAUUAAAGCAGAAAAUGGUCUCGAAGAUGGUAAUUAUGGUAACAAUAUUCAAUCCUAUGGCUAUCCAUCAACAAACUUAGGUGGUGUAUUUAACCCAGGAAAUGCUGCAGGACCCUGUCCAGAAUCUGAAGACCCAAUUGUUGGUAGUUUGAAUGAUAUUUCACUUAAUAAUGGUAUUUAUAUUGCUUCAAAAUAUUAUCAAACACCUCUUUUAAGUGGUGAAAAUUCAAUUAUUGGUAGAGCUAUUUCUUUCUAUGACUCUUCAAUCUGUAAAGAAGCACCACAACCAACCUUAGGUGCUUUAGCAACAUCAAACCUAGGUGCUUUAGCAGAACCAACCCUUAUCGCUACUUGUGUCAUUGGUUUCGGAAAUGAUACCACAAAACCAGACGAAUUAACCGGUUCAAAUACUGCCUCUUCCCCAGAAUUAAACUUAAAUGCUAUUUCUGUUUUAACAGCAGCUCCAAAUACCGAUGCCACUAUUACUGGUCAAGUUACUUUUGUAAAUGUAGAAGGUGGUGUUCAAAUCUCUUCAAAACUUAAUGGCUUAAGCAAAGAGGCCCAUGGUUUCCAUAUUCAUUCUUUUGGACAACUCUCAGAUAAUGGUUCUGCUCUUGGUGGUCAUUGGGCAACUACUGGUCAAACCCAUUCAUUACCAUCAACUCUUCAAAAUAGUGCUACUCGUCAUUAUGGUGAUUUAGGUAAUAUCUGUGCUUUUGAUUCAGAAUUCAAAAAUGCAUAUUACAACUUUACCACCAACUAUAUUAGUAUCAACGGUGUUUAUGGUCGUGGUUUUGCUAUUCACGCCACACGUGAUUUAGGUGACUCUAAUGUCGGUGGUGCUCGUGUUGCUCAAGGUGUUAUUGCAAUUGCUAACCCAGAUGUCACUCUUAAUCUCAAUACCCCACCAACCACAGAUUUUACAUUUGAUAAUAUUUGUGCUAAUGGUGCCUUUGAUGGUCAAACAAAGAACUCCACCUCAAGUGGCUCAGAAAGUGCCAGUGGUUCAGAAAGUGAUAGCGAAAAUGGCUCAUCAAAAAUAAUUUCAUCAUUAUUUGUUUUAGGUUUAUUCUCAUCAUUAUUUGUUUUAUUAUUAUAA